CUUCAAGGAAGGGCGUCUCUCUGAGUUGCACCGUGAGGUCUUCAUACUCCUUCCUUCUAGAUGGAAGAGAAGGAGACAAAUGUGAAGACAGAGAUGUCCUUGGGUCUUACCUGCUUGCUGAUUCUCCUGGCCAGCUGCUCCUGCUGCCAGCACCGCACGUGCCACUGUGCAGGCAGGAUAUUCAUCUGCCAGGAGAGCAAGGUGGUCCAGCUGCCUCGGGACAUUCCCACCAAUGCCACAGAACUAAGAUUUGUCCUCACCAAGAUGAGAGUCAUUCCAAAGGGAGCUUUCACAGGACUUCGUGACCUAGAGAAAAUAGAGAUCUCACAGAACGAUGCCUUGGAGAUCAUAGAAGCAAAUGUGUUUUCCAGCCUUCCCAAACUACAUGAAAUAAGAAUUGAGAAAGCCAACAACCUCGUGAAGAUUGAUCAAGAUGCCUUCCAGCACCUUCCAAGCCUCAGAUAUUUGUUAAUAUCAAACACAGGUCUUAGGUUUUUACCUGCUGUCCAUAAGGUGCAAUCCUUCCAGAAGGUUUUGCUAGAUGCUCAAGACAAUAUCCAUAUACGUACAAUUGAAAGGAAUACAUUCAUGGGCCUGAGUUCUGAAAGUGUGAUUCUACGGCUAAAUAAAAACGGGAUUCAGGAAAUCAAGAAUCAUGCAUUUAAUGGAACCUGCCUGGAUGAGCUAAAUCUAAGUGACAAUCACAACUUAGAAAAAUUACCGGAUGAAGUCUUCCAAGGAGCCAUCGGGCCUGUUGUUUUGGAUGUUUCAAGGACAAGAAUCAGCUUCCUGCCAAGUCAUGGAUUAGAAUUCAUUAAGAAGCUAAGAGCGAGGUCUACAUACAAGUUAAAAAACUUCCUGAUUUAAGCAAAUUUAGAUCUUUGAUUGAGGCAAACUUCACCUAUCCUAGCCAUUGCUGUGCAUUUACAAAUUGGAAAAGACAAAAGUAAGUGAUUUCAUUUGUUUUAAUUUUUGAUGUUUCUCAGCAGUUGGUAGUGAACAAACUGGAUAUGAAAGUACACAAAUAGAAAUAAAUAAAUGUGCAAUGCAUUCAUGCUUACACACGCUGCACAGUGCACUGUCUCUCCAUUCCAGGUAAGUACUAAAUUUUGGUAGAUAUAUUGGUACCAGUGUUUUCUCCAGCUGAGACUCCAGCCAUCUCUCACUGGGACCUGCUGUCCUGCAUCAGCCUGGAGCCACCACGCUGAAGACAUCCAGCAGAAAAAUGUUCAUUACUUUUCAGGAGGUAAUUGGAAGGAAAUCUGUGUUUCCGGAGAAGCAGGUCAAUACUUGGCCAUCAAUUCAGGAGGGUAACAGGACACUCUCAGAAGGUGGAACCAAAUAAGAUGAAUUAAUAGAACCGAACAGACUAGUUCAGUUGGAAGGGACCUACUGAGAUCAUUAGGUCCAACUGCCUGAACAUUCAGGGUACUACAGAGCGAACCUUUUCUGUCCAAAUCAACUGAGAUAGGAAGGUCUUUUUAGGUUCCCAAAGUAAUUUCCAGGGCUCGUUUUAAUUUGGCAUUAGCAAAGAUGUGCUGAGACAUCAAUGAUUUCCUCUGAGUAUUUUCAACUAUUCAGAUAGGCUUUAAGUGUACAUGUUAACUAGUUAAUGAACUUGAUGAUCUCCAGAGGUCCCUUCCGAGUAGGAUUCUGUGAACUCCUGAAUUUGUGCCACUGGAAAACUUGAGGCACUGUACCUCUGGAAACCCAUGCUAUUAUUUGAAGUUCUUCUUUUACAGAUUGUGUUUGGAAUUUGCCAAGGCAGAAAGAAAUAUACUGUGGAUCAGUGUUAUAGCUCAAGACAUUGUUUUCAGAAGCUGCCUGGAACUUCAAAAAAAGUAAAGAUAUGUAGAGAAAGCAUAAUCUAAUAGUAAGCUUCAUUUAAAUACUUAAGAUAAGACAGCCAUUCAUUUUAGUUUUAGCAGUGUACUGUCACCAGGCAAUUAAAGUUUCAUCCUGUUUGUGCUGAUAGGUACUAUAUAUCACCCACGUGUGUUUGUAAAACUGUAUGGAAAAAGCGCAAGUCUGAUGUUGGACACUACAGCGCUAAGGAAAAUAUUUGGCAGAAUCAAUCCAUCAUUGACCAUUUUUGAUCCACAGUUCUGAACUUCUUACUGCAGGAGUCUACCACCAGUUGAUACUUCCACAUACUUCUAUAGGCUUGUUCAAGCCUUGGUUGUCUGCCCGCCCCUCCAGCACCAAUGGUAGUGGUAGUUGUUUGCUAAUGAGUUCAGCUUGGUGAAAUCCAGGAGGCUGCCAUCACAAGCUGUCAAUAAAUGAAUGAAAUUUAAAAAAAUGAAAAUCACUAUAAGGCAACAGGUCUCUUAUAUGGAACUUUCUAGGAAACAGUUUCGGUGAUUAAAAAAAAUUCACGCUACGAAUAUGUAGCAGAGCUAUAUAUGUUUUCUUAAGCUGACCUAUCAAAUCUCAUUUGUUCCCCAUAGAGGAAAACAAGCCUUCUUAAAAUUUAUUUUCUUAAUGGCUGACGCAUGUUCUGGUCUUUGCUCAAUAUAUUGUUUCUACAGGAGGACAGCUGAGCUCCAGAAUACCCCCAGUAAAUGAUCUCAAAAAAAGUAUCCUAAAUGACUGAAAGAUUUUUAAAGUAGUGGAAAAAUAUAUUAAGAUAUACUUUUGUGAAGUUAAUAAAACUGAAUCUGUGAAGGAGUUUAUUCACCUUUUUGUUUUUCUAAAGGAUCUAUACUUAAAAUAUAAUAUGUCCGAAAGCAUGUUAAUUUCAGAUUAAAAAAAGCUAAAAAUACUCCUGAAAGAAUAGCUACAUUUCAGCAACAGAAGCAGUUCUUUUGAUUUCAACUUAUUCUAGUAAUUUAAUUCAAAUAAUAUUUCACUUAGUUGUAGCUAACGAGGCAGGAAGGCUUUUUGUUUAUUAAAAAAUAGAUGUAGAAGGGAGCAGACGCACACCAAAAUCUACAAGGGAUCCAGCAACAAACUGUGAUAUUUUGGCUAAGAUUAUGAAAUUUGGUGUUAAAUACACACAUUUGGAGGAACUGUUUUCUGUGUAUAGCACAUUCCAGGUAGAUUUGAACACGCUGUGAAAAUGACUGAACACCAGUUUCCUACAUUUUGAUAUGAGCUAAGUUUUCAUCCAACUAGACUGUGGCAGGAGUCAUAGGGACAACAUCAUUGUCUUGUAAAAGAAAUGCAUUGAGUAACAGAAAAGUAUAAAAAUUCAAACCAAUUCCAUAGGUGCUCUGCUGUAUGUUUACAUGAAUAAAUGUGUACGUGUAAGCUAUAUCUCUCUGAUAACAGAACAAAGUUGAAUGCAUUUAUCAAUGUUUUCAAUGCUUACCAGACAUAUCUUUUAAUAAUAUUAUGCAUAAAUACAAAAUGAUUAGAGCCAAUGAUUUAGAUCAAUCUUUCCAGUUAACUGCUUUUAAACGUAAUUAAAAACGAUCAUUAACAUUUGUACAGUUGUCUCAUGUACUGAACUUGGUAGGCGACCAAUAUCCCCUGUCCAAAGAUGAAUGUCUGCCUGUUGGUUUGGUGCUAUGUGUUUGGAUACCAAAGGUAUUCCCAUGCAUUCCAGCAGAGAUUAGUCGCACACACUGCAGCUCUACCCACUUGCAUUUCAAAGCAGCGUUCUUGACGAACUGUGUGUAUUCAAGGCUGCUCAGGUUUUUGAAGAGCUAUUAAUAGCUUGCAGUGUUUGCUCACACAGCAUCUAGUAUUUCUACGACAAGAGUUGCACUUGGUUUAAUGCAGUAGACAUUGCUUAUUCUGCUGGGAAAAGUGAUGUGAGCUGACUUACUGUGCCUCUUCACCUGAGCCAGUCAUUCCCCUAUAGAGGUUCUGUAGUGGAAAUGCUAAGUCACAACUUGAACCAGGGACUGAGCACCUGGUGGGAAGGCAGGGCCAAG